ACGUACUCUCCAGACUUGAAUCCGAUUGAGGAGAUGUUCUCCCACGUCAAGUCGUGGCUUCGGCGUCACCGUACGUAUGCGUUAGGAGAAUUGGCUCGUCUCGAUACCUGUAAUCCUUACCAAAUGCUCUGGGAUGCUGUUUUCUCUACCACAGCGAGUAUGGCAAAAGGCUGGUUCUUCAAUUCCGGCUAUUCAGUAGAUUUAAGAUGA